AAAGAAAUGAAACAUUCACGAACAUCCGUCUCCAGAUUCCUAGGAACAAAAAAAAACACACACAGAUACACACAGACAAACACAGGAAAAAUACACUUUCUUGUCCUUCCGUAGCCAUGCAAAAUGAGAUGAACAGCAGCGCAAAGCCAACGUACACGCAGCUCCUCGUGGCCUCCUCUGUGGGGCUAAUCAUAGCAGCGGCGCUGCAAUACCGCAUCAAGAAAUUCCGCGACAAAAAGAUCAUACCUAGGAAGAGAAUCUCCGACACCGGCCAGGUUUUGAGCAUUGAGAAGUUCUCUCACUAUGUAGCCAGGCAGAUGGGAUUCAAAGACAGAAGAGAAUGCCCACAUUUGUGCAAGUUGGCCUCCGAAUACAUUAAAAAAGCUGAAGGAUGCGAAGAAGACAUGUACGCCUUUUUUGCGUGUGAACCUGAUUGUGAUUCUCUCUUCAUCAAACUGGUGGAAGAAUUUGAGAGAUGCAUCCUCAGCUACUUUGCAUUCCACUGGAGACAUACAUCAUAUAUGCUCAGUCAGGUGCUCGGUGCCGAAGAGCCAAGAAGGAGGCUCAAGAACAUCGUCAUGCAAGCAACCAGAGAACAGAGAGUUGAGAGGGUGACAAAGAAUCUGAAGGUGGCGAGAGUGUUUACCACAUUAGUGGAAGAGAUGAAAGCUAUUGGACUUGUAACAAACGAUGAUUCACAGUGCACGAACGUGAUGGUACCAAUGGCUCAUAGUGACAGAAGCCCUGUCCUCCUCCUCAUGGGUGGUGGGAUGGGGGCUGGGAAGAGUACUGUGCUCAAGGACAUUCUCAAAGAACCAUUCUGGGCUGGAGCAUCUGGGAAUGCAGUUGUCAUAGAAGCAGAUGCCUUCAAAGAGUCAGACGUCAUCUACAGAGCCUUGAGCUCUAGAGGGCACCAUGACCUGCUUCACACUGCUGAACUGGUACACCAAUCAUCUACAGAUGCAGCAUCAUCCCUGCUAGUAACUGCACUCAAUGAAGGGAGGGAUGUGAUCAUGGAUGGCACUCUUUCAUGGCUGCCAUUUGUCGUGCAAACAAUAAACAUGGCUCGGAAUGUUCACCGUCGCAGAUAUCGCAUGGGAGCUGGAUACAGACAAGAUGAAAACGGGGUCGUGACUGAGAACUACUGGGAACAAAUGGAUGAAGAACAAGAACAAGAUGGGACUACGAAGAGAAGACCAUACAGAGUAGAGUUGGUUGGCGUUGUUUGUGAUUCUUAUUUAGCUGUUAUCCGAGGAAUAAGGCGAGCUAUAAUGUGUAGAAGGGCAGUGAGGGUGAACUCUCAGCUGAAAUCACACAAGAGAUUUGCAGAAGCAUUUAUGACAUACUGCAACCUAGUAGACAAUGCUCGACUUUACUGCACUAAUGCAUUAGAAGGCGCUCCUAAGUUGAUAGGAUGGAAAGACAAAGACAAGACUCUGUUGGUCGAUCCAGAUGAGAUAAAUUGUUUGAACGUGGUAUCCAGGUUGAACGAAAACGCAGAUUCUAUUUUCGAGCUCUACAAGACCUGCCAUCCAGCUUUUGAAGAAGGCUCUGUGUGGAAUGACAUAGUUUUAUCUCCUUCAAGGAUGAACAUCCAGACAGAACUCAAGUACUCUAUUCAAAAAGCCGAGACAAUGAGAGAGUGAUCCGCCGUACAGGGCCAUGACAAGCAAACAAUAUACACGUCCCAACACAUGCAAGAGAGUGGAUCAAGAGGAGAUAUAUAGAUCUUGAUGGAGUUGUAUACCUUUAUAGAUAAUGUUUAGAUAUUACUAAGAUGUGACUUACAGAAUCAACAUUAAGACAUUUUGGCAGAGGAGAAACACAAGUUGAAAAGGCACAACUUCUCAAGUGCAGCU